AUGCUUAAUAAGUUUUGGUCUCAUGAAAGGGUUCCUGAAGUUUAUACUGAGAAGAGUUCAGAACAGGAACUCUGCGAACAGACAUUUUUAAAUACUGUUAAAUUGGAAAAUAAUCAAUUUGAAGUAGCCAUACCCUUAAAAUUACCCCUCUCAGAAGUUGAUGAAACUCUGGGUGAAUCAUUUAAAUUUGCAGUCAAAAGAUUUAAUAAUUUAGAAAAGAAAUUGCAUUCUAACCCUCAAUUAUUUAUAAAAUAUCAGCAAUUUAUCCAUGAAUAUUUAUCACUCAAACAUGCCCAUUAUGUGGAUAUUGAGUGCUAUGACUCAAAUAGAAGUCCAGUGUACUUUCUUCCCCAUCACGCAGUCAUUAACAUGAAUAGUAAAACAACCAAACUGCGAGUUGUUUUUGAUGGGUCUAUGAAAACAAAUAAGAAAAUUUCAGUAAAUGACUUACAAUUAAAUGGGCCUGUGGUCCAGCCCACGCGUUGUUUACACGAGUUAGCGAUUAGACAUCAGGACACAUAUCCUCUAGCAUCCGCAAUAAUAAUAAACAAUAUUUAUGUUGAUGACAUCAUUUAUUCUGACAAUGACUUGAAAACUACUCUUGAUGCAAAAGACCAAUUGUGCAAUUUACUCAGUUUAGGAAGUUUCUUUACUCACAAAUGGUCUUCAAAUGAUGAUAGAAUUUUGUCUAAUAUUUCAUUGAGUGAACAACAGUUUGAUAGUCGAGAUCUUAGUGAAAAUAAUUAUACUAUGAAAACAUUAGGAUUAUGCAUCAAUAUAAAAAAAGAUCAGUUUGUAAUUUCAUCUCCGGAGCCAUUUGAAUCUACACAUGUUACAAAAAAAAGGAUACUAAGCUAUAUAGGUAGGUUCUAUGAUCCUAUGGGCUUUGUAAGCCCCAUUGUAGUGACAGCAAAAGCUAUCAUGCAAAAACUAUGGAUAUCAGAUACUAAUUGGAAUGAUAGUCCACCUCCACAUAUUCUCCAGGAGUGGCUUCAGUUCACUAGUGAUCUAGCUAUGAUGGAACCUCUGUUACUAGAUAGAAAUAUAGACAUUUCAGAAGCACAUACGGUUGAACUGAUCGGCUUUGCAGAUGCUUCGAGUACGACUGCCUACGGUUGCUGUGUGUAUCUACGAUACAUAUGUUCAUCAGGUACUGCUUAUACACAUUUACUCUGUUCCAAAUCAAGAAUAAAUCCCAUUCAUAAAAAAGACUCGACAGUUCCCAGAUUAGAACUUAAUGCUGCGCUUUUACUUUCAAAAUUAAUAAUGAAAACACAUGAAGUUUUAAAGCUUAAAACGCAUAUAAAGAAUAUUUAUCUGUUUAGCGAUUCUCAAAUCGUUCUUGCAUGGCUAAAAACCGAGUCAUUGAAGCUUGAAGCUUACGUGGCGAACAGAGUGAAUGUUAUUCGUCAAAACACAGCUAGGUGGCGCUGGCUAUUUGUCAGCUCUACUGAAAACCCAGCCGAUAUCAUCAGCAGAGGAGCAAGACCGAGCGAGCUGAGAGACAAUAAGUUUUGGUGGCACGGCCCUGCAUUCCUACGAAACAGUGAGUACAAUUUUUUGUUGGAUGAUAAUAAUAAGGUGCCUGCUGAAUUGCCUGCUGAAGUAAAACCCUGCUUGUCAUUCUCCAGCAACUUGGUCUAUCAAAAUGUCAAUCCGCUUGCAUAUAUCAUUGAACGAUUACAUAAAUACUCAGAUAUAAAUAAAAUAAUCAGGCUUCUUGCACAUAUAUUGAGAUUUUUAAAUAACAUAAAUAAAAGUAAUAGUAAAAUUAAGUCAAAUUUUCUAAGUACUUCUGAAUUAAAUAAUGCGUUAAUGACCUUAAUUAAAUACGAGCAAAAUAAAUUAUUUCAAUCUGUUAUCGAUUCUAUAACUAAGGGAAACAAUGUGAAAGGCAAUUUAUCAAAUCUUUAUCCUUUCAUUGACGAGCUAGGACUUUUAAGAGUAGGUGGUAGGCUGCACUAUGCUGAUAUAGCUUUUACUCAGAAACAUCCCAUUAUUUUACCCAAAGGCUCCUAUAUUACCUACUUGCUUAUAAGAAGUGAACAUGAAAAAUUGCUACAUGCAGGACCCAAGCUUGUGCUUGCGAAUUUAAAUCAAAGAUUUUGGAUUGUCAAUGGCUUGUUUGAAGUUAAGAAAGUUACACACAAAUGCAUAACCUGUUUUAGGAACAAAGCUACAGUUGCCAAGCAGCUAAUGGGCUCUUUGCCUCGAAAUCGAGUAACUGUCACUAGUAGACCGUUUGAAAAAAUCGGAGUGGAUUUUGCUGGUCCGAUAGAGGUUAAACUCUCGCGCGUUAGGCGAUCCUUAAUAGGCAAGGGUUAUAUCUGCGUAUUCGUGUGUUUCACAACAAAGGCUGUUCAUUUGGAACUUGCCUCAGAUUUAACCACUGAAACCUUCCUAGCAUGCUUAAGAAGACUUAUUUCUAGACGCGGACUGCCCACUGAUAUUCACUGCGAUAAUGCUAGUACAUUUAAAUGCGCAUGGAAUCGAUUAGUUGAACUUUAUACUUUGCAGUCAUCACAGAGCCACCAAACAAAGGUGAACCAAUUUGCCUCACAAAAUGGGAUUUCCUUUCACUUUAUCCCUAGUUAUUCACCUAUGUGGGGAGGCCUUUGGGAAUCGACUGUAAAGAGUACAAAAUUCCACCUGAAAAGAGUGUUACAAAAACAUGUAUUAACGUAUGAACAGCUGAAUACCAUACUCACCGAGAUAGAGGCUGUGCUCAAUUCUAGACCUCUUUUGCCAUUGACCUCAGAUCCCAGUGAUUAUUGUUAUUUAACACCUGGUCACUUUAUUAUAGGGAAUUCAUUAACUACAUAUCCAGAAGCAAAUAAUAGACCUAAAUGGCAAAAUAAAACACCAAAUGUAAGAACUGGCAGUCUUGUAAUUUUAAAAGAGGAUAAAAUCCCAUGUAUGUCAUGGCCAAUGGCAAGAGUUAUCAAUGUACUCCCUGGACAUGAUGGCAAUGUAAGAGCUGUAGAAGUUAAGACUCCAACUAAUAAAACUCAUAUUCGGUCAAUUCAUAAAAUAUGUGUCUUACCAAUACCUGAUAAUUAUGAUUAA